AUGGACGUCCAGAAGGCGGGGCGGCCCCACGGCCCCCACUCCUCAGCCCACCAGCCGCACCUGGGCAGCCUGAGCCCCUUCCUCCUCACCUGCACCGCCUACUUCCUCCUCUGGAUCCCCGAGGACCCGCCGUCCUGGGUGGGCGCCCUGGUCAAGUGCCUGCCGGUGCUGAGCCUGGUGGGGCUCCUGCGGGCAAACCCCGGCCCCGGCCCCGGCUCCAGGAGCUACAGCCUUCGUCUGCAGGCGGCCCUGCUCUUCUCGGCCCUCGGGGACGCCUUCCUCAUCUGGCCCGACCUCUUCCUCCAUGGCGCCAUGGCCUUCGGCGUGGCCCAGCUGCUGUACACCAGCACCUUCGGCUUCAGCCCGCUGCGGCCCGGCCUCCUGGUACCCGUCGCCCUGGCCUCGCUCCCGUACUCCGGCCUCCUGCUGCGGCACCUCCCGCCCGACCUGGUCCUGCCCCUGUCGGCCUACGCCCUGGCCCUGUCCGCCAUGCUGUGGCGCGGCCUGGCCAGGGGCGGCAGCGCCCGCUGGGGCGCCCUGCUCUUCGCCGCCUCCGACUGCCUGCUGUCCUGGCACACCUUCGUCCGGCCGCUGGCCCACGGCCGCCUGCUGAUCAUGGCCACCUACUACGCCGCCCAGCUGCUCAUCGCCCUGUCCGCCCUCCAGAGCCCCAAGCUCAAGACCCACUGA